AGGGCGCUGCCGGCGGCGGGGCUGCUCCCGGUGGUGAGUGGAGGCCGCGGGCGGCAGCCGGAACCGGGGAUCGGGGCGUCUUAGUGACCGCGGACUAUCGACAGAAACCCGGAUUAAAGACCCACUAGAGACCCAGGGGAGCGCAGACAGCCCGGUAAUUACCCCCAUCCCCUAAUAAUUAUUCAAUUUCCAUAAUAAUAAGCUCAUCUUCCUAAAAAUUACCCCUUCUCCUAACAAUUAGCCUCCUCCUCUAAUAAUUACUCAUUUUUCUGCGUAAUUAACCCUCUCCCCAAAUGUCAAGCACUUGCCCCGACAAUUACCCCAUUCCCUGAUAAUUACCCCUUUUCCCCUCACAAUUGCCCCUUUCCCCUCAUAAUUACCCCUUUUCCCCUCAAUUAGCCCAUUCCCUGAUAAUUACCCCUUUUCUCCUCUCAGUUACCCCCUUUACCCCGAUAGUUACUCCCUUUACCCUGACAAUUACCCUAUUCCCUGAUAAUUAACCCCUUUUACCCUGACAAUUACCCUAUUCCCUGAUAAUUAACCCCUUUUCCCAUUAUUCUUUCUCUUUUCCAAGUAGUUACCCCUUUUUCAGAUAGUUACCCUUCUUCCCUGGUAAUAACCCCCCUUUCGAAGGUAGAUACCUCCUUUCCCCUGGAGUUAGCUCUGAAUUCUUCAAUACCUGAGAGUUAACAGCCAUUCCCUGAGUUUUAAUCAGGCAUGUAAUGGAUAUUGACUUGCCAUUUCCUGGGUAUUGACCCUGGUUUACCUGGGAGUGCUGGGUUGUGGGGGAAUGGGGGGCAUGGAAUGGGGAAUAUACGUUCAAGCCUGUUAUCAAGUAGAUAUAUCCAGAUAUUUGGUGGUAUUCACAUCCAGAUGGAAGUGUUCCUGUAUCAGGUCUAGUUAAAUGUGAAGCAUGGAAGUUCCUCAGCUAGAUUCACUGCCAGUUCCUUGGGGCUGCAGCUGGGCAGCACAGUUCCAGGUCUGCACUGUUAGCUGGCUCACUCAUUGACCUGGAGCUCCAGGACUGGAAUAACCGACCCCCUCACACUGAUUUCCCCCGAAAUCGUGAAUGAGUUUAUUCUGUUGCCCCUUCGCUCCUUGUGACUGUUGCCCAAAAGGGACAAAGGGUGAAGUUAUCAGUGAGUUUCUCUGUGGAAAUUCUAGGGAGGUUUCUGAAUCAGAUUUGAAGGGAAUUCUGAACUCAGUACAGGACGAGAUGGCUACUCAAAUCUUUCGCCACACUUCCAAGUCUCGACCGACAUUAAUGGAUUCAAUCUGCCAUCAGCCUUUCAGCAAGGGUUUUUCUUAAAGCUCAGACUCACAGCCAACACUGAAUUGCAGGAGCUGCUGGCUUGCUCCCAGAAACCAUGUCAGAGUCGCAAGAGAAUGAGAAGCCGGAGAAAGAUAAGCGGGCUGUGAGGCCAAAGGUCCGACGAGGAGAUCCAGAAGAUCAGGGGGGAAGCCGGAGCAAAAAGAAGAACAAAAAUUCCCACAAAUCCGAUCUGUUCGUUGGCGAUUCGGGCUGUGGACAGAAGAAGGAGAAUGUCAGGAGUCAUUCGGGCAGAAAACUGGGAAGACAGAGCCCAGAUCGGACUCAAGAGGAUUCCCAUAAUGUGGGAGCGUGCAAACUGCACAGCAGAUCCUUGAAGCAGCGGAUUCAGGAUGUUGUGGGUCAGUGCUUCCCUAUUAAAUCCCACAGCCUCCACUCUGCCACUUUAUCCUCCUCCAAAAGAAAGAUUCACAUCAGUGAACUGAUGCUUGAUAAAUGCCCCUUCCCCGCUGGUACAGAUUUGGCACAGAAAUGGUACCUGAUCAAGCAGCACACUGCCCCUGUCUCACAGAGCUUGCCAAUGCUGGAUGCUGCAUCUUCUGGCGGGACACCUGUGGAGGAUGAAGAUGACCGUUUGCGGGAGAGAAGGCGGAUCAGCAUCGAGCAGGGGGUUGAGCCUCCUCCCCACGCACAGAUUCACACCUUUGAGGUAACAGCACAGAUCAAUCCCUUGUACAAACUAGGGCCCAAACUGGCGCCAGGAAUGAACGAGCUGGCUGGAGAUGACCGGGCCACCCUCCAGGUACAGGAGAGCACGUCAGUUGAAGAGUUGCCCCCUCCCCAAGUGCCCCCAGAGCAGGUGGAGAUCAAAGAUGGCUAUCGCGCCCACACUCAGAUUGACUAUAUCCACUGCCUGGUGCCUGACCUCUUAGAAUUGACCACUUUUCCCUGUUACUGGGGAGUGAUGGACCGAUACCAAGCUGAGGCUCUGCUCGAGGGUAAACCAGAGGGAGCCUUCCUACUGCGCGAUUCUGCCCAGGAGGACUACCUCUUCUCUGUCAGCUUCCGCAGAUACAGCCGCUCCCUGCACGCACGCAUUGAGCAAUGGAAUCACAACUUCAGCUUCGAUGUCCACGACCCCAGUGUUUUCCACGCUCCCACUGUCACCGGCCUCCUUGAGCAUUACAAGGAUCCAAACUCUUGCAUGUUCUUCGAACCUCUGCUCUCCAACCCCAUCAACAGGACCUUCCCAUUCAGUCUCCAGCACAUCUGUCGGGCAGCCAUUUCCAGCUGCUCCACUUACGACGGGAUUGACCUGCUCCCGAUUCCCAACACCCUGAAGGAAUAUCUGAAGGAAUAUCACUACAAGCAGAAGGUGCGAGUACGGAGGCUCGACACCAGGUGAAACAAGAGAAAUUGAACUGUAAAUCGACCUCCCUCCAAGCUCUCGAGCCGGGGGGUAAUCAACUUUAAAUAAUGACUCUCUUUAUUGUUCACUAUUUAUUUGAAGGCUGCAAAAUCCACAGUCUUUCUUUGGGUUUUUUCCUUUGUGCUAAUUUUAUGUUCUUCAAAGCACCAAAGUAUUGUGGCAUAAAGCCCGGUGACGUACAAUGUAAAGCUCCUUUGACACUGUAACCAUUAACACGUCUCACCACCCUAUUGUCCCCAAAUCUCUCAGGAGUCACAGUCCUCCUACCCCAAUUGGAUAUUUUAUCUAUUUCCUACACCAGCCAUCCUGUGUGUGAUUGCUACCCCUGGAGCUAAUGAAUACCCAAUUGAAAAUGACCAACUAAUUUCACAUCAGCUUGUAAAUUAAGGAUUUUACAUCUGUCAUUCAGACUGAAUUGAAACACAAGGCUCAGAAGUGAAAUCCCAUUGUUGUUCUGUACAUUAUUUUGAUUCACUGAAUUCUCCCGAUUCCUUUCCCCUGCCACCCUCUGCAUCCCUCCUCCCCACCCCAGUUCAAUCAGUAAUCCAAACUUAGAAACUUCCCAUUUAUAACUUUGAUGCACACACUAAGACUGAAGAUUGAAAUCAGUGUGGGGACCACUACAGACAGCUGCUUUGUUAAGGAUUUAGUUGCUGCACUGACUCAGUGUAAAUAUGGACCAUGUUAUUUGCGGGUAAUUAAGUAAUGUUGUUUUCAGAGAUUCUAUCUCCGUCUGUUGGCUGUGUUUCCUGUACCAUAAAGUGUAUGGAUUGUCAGAUUGCACUGUGCACUGCUAUUGAUCAGAAUGCAAUCUUAAUCUGGCACAUGAUUGAUGCAAUGUCUGUCAUUAAAUCCUGCAACGUGA